AUGGUUCUCCAUGUCCGAAGCGGAGAACGCUAUCGAUGGAGGUCGAGCUUCCUAGGCUACAACUCAUUCCCAGAGUUCCCAGAACGGCUAGGAUGGAAAUUGGAUGUGCUUAUAGAAGUAGAUAAUGAGGAGUGGCGAUGGGUCAACGUUUACCAAACGCAGUGUUACCCCACUAUCGAACAAAUCGUCAAUCGCGUUAACGAGAUACAGACUGCGCACCAUGCUAGGGUUACGAGAGAUGGAAGUAGAUUGAAAAGAUGGUACAUCAUGACAGAUGGGAAGCGGGAGUGGCUGAGAGAAUUGGGAGUGGCUUUUCAUGCGUCUUCGAGUGAGAAAUGGGACGGGAUUUCGACAAGUCGAGAUCUUGAUUUGAGCCCGGAACAGAAACAGACGCUGGACACGUACACUGGAUCCAGGUCUGCAGUGUUUGUCGGUAAUGAGAUGAGUGUCUUUUUCUUUGUCUCUCUUUUGACUGGCAGCGCUUAUUUCGUUCGCUUCCCACUAGUUCUCAAGUAUGACUUCGUCCAUUGUCAUGCUACGAAGUUUAACAGAGCAACACUAGAUGCUAUGAAUGUUUUUGUUGGGGGGAGCUGUACAUCUAUAUCAAUGCAUAUUCGGCUCUUGCUGUUAAUGCAGACGGUUGCGAUGGAUUUCUGUUACAUACAUCCCUACACAAGCCCGCUCAAAGAUCCUUAUCAGCCUUGA